AGUGCGCGGCGAGGCGCGCCAGCUGCCGCACGCCAUGAUUCUACCCCAGAAUAACCUGACAGACGGGGAAGAAGAUCUGCCUGAAGACGCUUCCUCGCUGUUGUCGGUGCUUCUAGUUGGAUUCCUCUUCCUGAUCUUGAUAUUUUUAUCCGUCGCGGGCAACAUACUCGUCUGCGUGGCAAUUUACACGGACCGCGGGUUACGGAGGAUAGGAAAUCUGUUCCUGGCCUCCCUCGCGAUCGCCGACCUCACCGUCGGUUGCCUGGUGAUGACUAUUGCCGGAGUGAACGAUCUCCUCGGCUAUUGGGUCUUCGGUCCGGCGUUCUGCGACACCUGGAUCGCCUUUGACGUUAUGUGCAGCACUGCCUCCAUUUUGAAUCUCUGCGCGAUUUCCCUCGAUCGUUACAUACACAUCAAGGAUCCUCUCAGAUACGGACGUUGGGUGACGAGAAGAGUCGCGUUCGCUGGAAUCGCUAUCGUGUGGCUGCUCGCGGGACUCAUAUCUUUCGUACCGAUCAGCCUAGGCCUUCACCGGGCAAACGAACCCAUAGAUAACGGCACAACUAUAGAGGAACACCCUACGUGCACCUUAGAACUUACGCCCACUUACGCGGUGGUCUCCUCUUCCAUAUCUUUUUACGUACCCUGCAUCGUGAUGCUGGGAAUUUAUUGCAGGCUCUAUUGCUACGCUCAGAAGCACGUGAAAAGCAUCCGGGCGGUGACAAAACUACCCGACACCUCAAUGGCCAAGAGCUUUCGCGCGAAGAGCACUCGCAACAAGCCACCAAAACCGCAAACAAAAACGAAGCCGACAAGCCCUUACCACGUGUCCGAUCAUAAGGCCGCCAUCACCGUAGGCGUAAUUAUGGGAGUUUUCUUAAUAUGUUGGGUACCCUUUUUCUGCGUAAAUAUCGUCGCCGCGUACUGCAAGAGCUGCAUAUCAGUCCGAGCUUUCCAAGUACUCACUUGGCUCGGCUACAGCAACUCGGCCUUCAACCCGAUCAUCUACAGCAUCUUCAACACAGAAUUCCGAGAGGCGUUCAAAAGGAUCCUCACAAAAGGUGCACGGGCUCGCGGAAAUCAACCGUCGACCAGUGAAUGCGGCGAAUUUCGGUCCGUGGUUGUCCAGAAACGAAACGGAUCCAUGAUCGAAUGCAAUAUUAGCCCGCGAUCGAGUGCGGAUAGUUGUCAAGUCGGAAUAAUGGGGCAAAGACACCGCGACACUAUCGUGAGUGCGAUAUAACUGAACUCGAGUUUCUCUUUCGGAUGUAUCGAUCUUCCUAUCGAGCGCUAUUCGCGUUGGUAAACACUGGGCCGCGCUCUUGGUCUCGUAUUCCUGGAUUCUCACGAACUGUACACAAAUUUUUCACCACGGCUGGUUCGACCCUUUACAGUUCGCUACGUUAUUUUCACGAUAAUAGAUUUCACGUGUUAUAAUGUAAUCGGAUUCGAACAGAUCUAUUCAAUUCAAUGGUCGCAAAUUUCAAAUACACCAUGAUUUAAUAGUACACCAAGAAGAAGAAAAGACCACGUAAUACAUGAACGUUAAGUAUGCUACAGCGAUUGGGCGAGUUUCGAAGUUUCGAUUUGGGAAAUUAUUUUAAUGCGAUAUCGAAUCUGGAAUGUUUGGUCACAUUAUCCUAGCAUAAAGUGUGUAUAGUCACCGGUAGGGAUCUUGUGAGGUCGUAAAGUCGGUCGGACAUCGAUCUUUACAAUUUAAGUCGACCGCAAUUAGUAAUCUGACACCUUUUUAGACAAGGACAGAGCUAGACUUUUCGUUCAGGGCCGUAUGGUAUCAGAAUUAGGAUGUUCAUAUCUCAACUUUUUUCUUCUUAUGUAUGUUCACACAUAAUUCUGUUGGCCGACUUAUUGAAAAUACUGUGGUAGGUAGGAACAUAGUUAACCAAUCAUCGUCAAGAAUUUUCGGUUUUUCCAAUUUGGAAAAACCCGCGUAGCAAACAUCAAGUCUUGGGGCCCCGGGGUGUAACGUGGGCAUGUACAGGGUGUCUAAAAAAUGUUGUAACAUCUUGAAAGAGGUGGUUCGGGGGGUGAUUUGAAACAACUUUUUCCUUAGCGAAAAUAUUGUCCGAGGCUUCAUUGAGGAGACAUUAACGGAAAACACUGACCAAUCAGAGCGCGUGGUUACCGUUGGAGCGGCCGCGAUAGCGAAGGCUACGAGCUAAGCGGCCACGCUUGUACGCGACCAAGCGACUGGACGUGCAUCGAAGGACAUUGACGCAGCCGCUUAGCUCGUAGCCUUCGUUACCACGGCCGCUCCAACGGUAUACGCGCGCUCUGAUUGGUCAGUGUUUUCCGUUAAUAUCUCCUCAACGAAGCCUCGGACAACAUUUUCGCUAAGGAAAAAGUUGUUUCAAAUCACCUCCCGAACCACCCAUUUCAAGGUGUUACAACAUUUUUUUGGACACCCUGUAUAUUUUAGAGCCGCGUCAUCUCUGUCGUCCUACGGAUCAAUUACCUGGGCCAAUAAAGCAAUAACUACUGUUUCGGUUUACGACCUCACAAGAUCCCUUCCAGCGACAGUACGUAAGUCAACAUCUCGUGUUAACGUGUAAAUCUGGUCGAUCGAAUCGGAAAAUCGUUGAAUCAAAAUUCCGGUAAAUAGUUUAAAUUCUUUUUUAAAGGGUCGAACACUGCUUGCAUUCUACUACUAGCCCGCGAAAACUUAUGGAACGUUUAGAACAGCAAUUAUAAAUAUCAACGUUAACCGUAACGAUAAAGUUUGUCGUUUACUUAUUCAAGCAAGAUAUUACACAAUCUACGAAAUUUUGUCGUAAUACAGAGCACGUUAUUGAACUUUUCCUUUAUGAAUUUGCCAAAUAACGUAAUUAUCGAUCGUAUCGUAUUCGAAUACAACAAAAAAAAAGACUAAUGCAGAGUGUUAAAAAAUCUGAACUUGUACUUGCCAUAAUCGAAACUUGAACAUUCUACAAAUUGGUUUUCGCGAAACCAAAGGUUCAUAUAACACAAUUUGUUCUGUAUUUUUAAACAGAUAUAAUAUGCCGUAAAAAUGUACAGAUAUCGUAUCGCCCUAAGCAAUAGAAUUAUCUACAUAUCGAACAUACUAGGGAAAGUUCAAUGUUGUCUCAAUCCCUCCGUUUCGGCGCUAAAAACUGAAAUCGAUAUUAAUUAUGGCUUAGGAUGAACGACGAAAAUUCCGUAUGAAUUUUUUUACUCAGUAUUUUUUAUCCAUAAACGGUGAAAGGUGACGAAACUUGUCGGUAUAAGCAAUCGAUUAAGAGGAAAAUUAAAGACAAUCACCAAAAGGUAGUUCAAAACAUAUCCAUGAGACAUAAUCCACCCACGAUUAAAAAAAAUAAUAAAUAAAUAAACGAGAGCUGUGUAGAAAUUCAACAGGAAGAUACCAGUUUGAAAUAAAAAAGAGAAAAAAAAACAGAUUUAUUCGUAGAGAAAUUCGAGUGUAGGUAUUUAGAAUAACGUUCUCAUAAAGCAAUUGUAAUUAUGAAAUCAUGUUGAUAGCGCAUCUACGACGUAAAGCUGGAUGUUACGCGGAGCACUAAUAGUAACGUCUGUCGAAUCGUAGCUUAUUAGUAUUAGAACUGCGGCGAAACCCGCACAGAUUCAUUUUCCAUCUUGUAAAUAGACAUUUAUUUAUUUUUCUAUUUGACGGGACACCCAGUCGCGAUCCACGUAUUUUAUGCAUUUUAAGCGAUGUUUCGUUUAGGUGCUAACGUAACGCAAAAUCACGUGUAACCCGUCGAAUCUAACUCGAAUCUGCGUAAUAUAUUCCAAACGAAAGAAAUCCUCGCGAAAGGCUACCAGCGCUCACGAUGUUUCGUCGAGCCACUUCCAUACAUCUAUAUCUACGCUGCAAAGUGCAUUGCAUUCCGACUAGAGAGAGAAGCGGAUGUUAGGAAUAUAUAUCAUAGUAAAUUAAAAAGAGGCCAUUAAACGACUAAGUCUCCCUUGUCGGAGUGACAUGUGCACGAUGUUCAUGUAUACUAAUGAUAUGUUUGAAUGACCGUUCUCUGUAAAUAUAUUAGCGUAAGACUUC